AUGACCCUAGUCUCAAAUGAUCCCAUUUGGUGGCCAAGCAUCAAUGCAGCUCGCAUUAACAGCUAUUUUCUAGUUGCUGGCUGUGCUGGGUUAAUAUACGAUUGUGUAUUGGGAUUCGGACAUGAGGUUGAGCUGGUCUGGAGGCAACGUUGGUCUCUCAUGACUGUCUUAUAUCUUAGCGUGCGCUAUCUCGGAAUCAUUUGUGCUAUCGCUUUGUUGUCUGUUAAUAUCCCGACAAUACCAACCACACAUUCAAUAAUGAUUGUUACAGGUAAUUGGUCAGACGUGGCUGUAACCGCAAUACUAAGCGUCAUCACGGUCAUUCGGUUACAUGCCAUGUAUCAGCGCAGAAAGAUGCUGAUAUUUCUCUUCGUCAUCUUCCUGGGUGUCACCAUUGCCAACAGUUUGGCCACUGGAAUGAUGCUGAGGGAAUUGAGCUCUGGUAAGCUUUAA